GAAGGUCGUUGAGAAGGCAAAAAAUCUCAGAGGCUUCAUCGCUGAGAAGAGAUGUGCUCCUCUAAUGCUUUGUUUGGCAUGGCACUCUGCUGGAACCUUUGACAAGGGCACAAAGACUGGCAGACCCUUCGGACAUCACUAUUAGGCUUUUGGAGCCACUCAAGGCGGAGUUCCCUAUUUUGAGCUAUGCCGAUUUCUACCCGGUGAUGAUUUUUUUGUCUUUGGUGUUUGUGCGCUUAAUGCUGUGUUUGUGUUGACGUAGUUGGCUGGCGUUGUUGUCGUUGAGGUCACGGGUGGAUCUGAAGUUCCAUUCCACCCUGGAAGAGAGUCAACCCAAAUAGGAAAUCAACUCAACAUAACAACAAUGGGAGAAGUUACAUGUUUCCUUUUUCAAAUACUAGCACUUCAGAGGCUUAACAACAGUUAUGCUCUUGACUUUGCAGUUGAUAGAUACACAUGCAACAUUUGUUAAUGCAAAUACCAUUCAACUACCUGUGUAUAUGAUCAUACUUGAUACUACAGAGAAAUUAUUUAUUUUGGAUAGGCAAUAGUGGUUGUUAUGACUGCCAUUAAGAGUAUAUUGUUGUCACUGCUAUUUUUUUUUUGUUUGUUAUUUUCAUGCAAUUCAGGUGGGAAUGGAACUUACCAAAUAGUUUGGUCAGAAACAAAUUAAGUAUAUGAGAGUAUCUACCAUCAAUAUAGUCGCCAAUGUGGCUUUCAAUUUUUCUUCUUCUCUGUUUUCAAGGUCUUGCGAGAUGUGGAAAGAGUUGCAAACUAAGGUGGCUGAAUUACCUAAGGCCAAACCUCAAAAGAGGAAACUACACCAAGGGAGAGGAGGAAACUAUUAUCAAGCUGCACCGACAUCUGGGUAAUAGGUAUGCAACAGAGCAUAGAUGUGGAGUAGUUGUUAAAGGACCAAAUCUGAGUGGAAAUAUAUCAGGAACAGAGCCAUUGAAGGACAACCGCAUACUUUUAAAAGCAGAAGCUUUAGAUGAUUCCCAUGAAGCAAGGAACAUUGCUGCUGUUGUUAAUGAGUUGUCCAAGGAAAUAACAAAAAAUUUGGUUUCUCAUCCUGUGAAUGCUAAAUGUACUGCAGAAGGGAAGAACAUAGCAAAUGUAGUCCUUUUAAGAGGCUGUGGCAUUCGAAUUGAGGUCUGUUCUUUCAGUUUAUUUCAUAAUUGAUACAUUAUCUUUCAAGCAGUUAACUGAUGCUUAAAGGAAAAACCAAACUUUGAUACUUCGUAACCCAUUUAUGUAUUCUAUUAC